AUGCGUUUAAUGGAAAAUAUUUUUUCUUGCUCUCCUAGCCGAAAGUACGCUCUUCCUGGACGCACUUUACUCCAGGAAGAGCAACUUUUAUGGCCUGAUCUCUACGCAUGCGCGCUACGCAUAUUUUCUGGCCGGCAGCACAGAACCUUGUGUUUUUUCGUACUUUCGUGGUGUGACCGGCCUAUACAGCGAGUUUCGACAGCUUUGAAGUACCGCUUUCGACAGGAAAAAAGAAAUGAUGAGGCUUUUGAAGAUAUUUAUGACGGUCUGGAAUAUCAACGAUUAUGUUUACCGGGUAAAUUUUUAGAAGAAUGGUUUAAUUUUUCUAUGACAUUUAAUACUGACGGGUGCCAAAUUUUGAAAUCAACAAAAACGAGUGCUUGGCCUGUGUACGCUCAAAUAAAUGAACUACUGCCUCAUAUGAGGAAGAAAUAUGUUCUGCUAGCAGCUGUUUAUGUCGGUGAUAAGCAUCCAAAAAUGAAUAACUUACUUCGAUCAUUUACGUUGCAGAUGAAAGAACUUUUCACAAACAGAAUAACUUGGAAUCCAACGCCGACAUCUGAAGUUACCUCAAGAUUUGUCGUAUUAGCCAGUACUUUAGAUGCUCCAGCCCGCGCAGCAGUUCUUCGGAUGAAGCAGUAUAACGGCUAUUUUAGUUGCUUACGAACGGACAAGAAACUGAAGGCAGCCAUGAAGUUUGUUACUAAAACUCUCGAAAUAAGGAAUGGAGUGAAAGGAUAUUCAUCUUUAACUGCUUUAUCGUUAUUUAGCAUAACGAAAGGAGUCAUAGUGGAAACGAUGCAUUCUGUUUUCUUAGGCACAGUAAAACUUCAUACUACGAUUUUAAUAAAAUCAACAGGUGCACCUUAUUACAUUGGAAAUCAAGAAACCUUAGAUGUUAUUAAUGAAACUUUACUGUCUAUAAAGCCUCCAUCUCGUCGUUCAAGGAAACCCAGAAAAAUCCAAUCGUAUGCUCAAUGGAAAGCAUUGGAUUGGUGCAACUGGCUAGAUUACGCUUCUAUUUGUCUUUCAUCAGUUUUAGACAUUAAAUAUGUAAACCAUCUAAGUCUACUAUCUAAGGCUAUUCAUUACCUAAAUAGUGAUUCUUUAAUUUUAGCUGAACUUAAUCGAACAGACACUUUGUUAAAAGAAUAUGCUCAACUAUUAGAAGAAUACUUUGGCGAAGUCAAAAUGUCAUCAAACAUACAUUCAUUAUCACAUGUAAUUGAGUAUGAAACUAGUACAGUGGAGUUACACAACAAGUUCGUGGUGCAGAAAGAAAAUAAAGCUCGUUCUUUGUCAGCAGAGGAAAACCAAGCUUUAUUCGAUGCUGGAUACACUCCAGAAUAA